AUGGGGCGAGGGGCGGCAGCUGGGGCCCUGCUGGUGGCACUGGUGGCGCUGGGAGCCCCCCCGGCUGCGGGCGCGGAGCUCUCGGGAAUGUUCCAGGAGAUGGUUAAGUCCGAGUGUCACUUCAUUAACGGCACCGAGCGGGUGAGGUUCGUGAAGAGGUUCAUCUACAACCGGGAGCAGUACGUGCACUUCGACAGCGACGUGGGGCACUUUGUGGGGGACACCCCAUAUGGCGAGGAGGUUGCCAGGCACUGGAACAGCGACCCGGAAUGGAUGGAGCACAGACGGGAUGCGGUGGACAGGCACUGCCGACACAACUACGAGUUGUCAACCCCGUUCCUCGUGAAUCGCCGAGUGCCCCCCAGCGUGUCCAUCUCGGUGAUGCCUCCCUCGAGCUCCCAGCCCGGCCCCGGCCGCCUGCUCUGCUCCGUGAUGGAUUUCUACCCCGCUGCCAUCCAGGUGAGGUGGUUCCAGGGCCAGCAGGAGCUCUCGGAGCACGUGGUGGCCACCGACGUGGUCCCCAACGGGGACUGGACCUACCAGCUGCUGGUGCUGCUGGAAACGCCGCCCCGGCGCGGGCUCAGCUACAGCUGCCAGGUGGAGCACGUCAGCCUGGAGCAGCCCCUGAGGCGGCACUGGGAGAUGCCGCCGGACGCCGCCCGCAGCAAGAUGCUGACGGGCAUCGGGGGCUUCGUCUUGGGCUUCGUCUUCCUGGCGCUGGGGCUCGGCUUCUCCCUGCGCAAGAAGCUCCUGAGCCGGCGGCGGCCGCAGCCCCUCCCCAUGGGCUUGGGCCCGGCCGGGACCCCCCGCUCCCUGCGCUGCCGGGAGAGGCAGGGCCGCAUCUCAGAAGGGGCCAUAAACCAUCAGAGCCCUGGGAUCCGCAGCGUGGCAUCCGACAGUGUAAAACUCCCGCCAGAGGAGGGAGCUGGGCAUUCACCCAACCUGAACCUGUGCUGA